UCUCUUUGCCCUUAUUGUCACACACAAUCAGAGUCAAUCACCCACUGCCUAAUUACAUGCAACAAAGCUCAAGACAUUUGGAGUAGAAGCCAGAUUUACCUGUACCUUCCACAUCCUACCGGUGACUAGUUCUUUGAAUGGUGGCAAGAAUUGAAGACAAAGCUUGAGCGGCAACAUGAUGGAGAGAGGUUGAUGGGUUUUGUGGCAAGUAUCUGUUGGAACAUAUGGAAGGCAAGAAACCUUUGGGUCUUUGAGCACACAAAGCAAACGCCAGAAGAGACGCUUCAAAUGUCGGUAACCCUGGCGCAACAGUUCACCUCUCUAGCCUAAACUCACUGUCUUAGGUUUUUGUUUUUUUCCCAAUUCUCCCUUCUAAGUUUAGUUCAGUUUUGUUCACUUUGCCUUUAGUGAGUUUUUUUUAUUUGGGAAACCCCCACUUUUCUAUCUCAUGUCCUGCAUUUGGACAUUUGUACCACUUUUAUGAUGCAAUAAAAGUCUUUUUUAACUUUGAAAAAAAAAUAUCACACGUGUUAUAUUUAUGUGAAAACAUUUUAUGUCAAUUACUCUCAUAAAUCUAAUACUAUCUAAUACUAUCUAAUCUAAUACUAUUCUUCUAAUAGAGGGUUUUAAAUUAGUGGAAUUUCACCGUAUCAAUCCUUUUAGCUAUGAAAGUACUGUUCAUGAUAUGUAUAUCAUUCACCACAUGACAUACAAUGAUUCAUACAUACAUUUUUAUUGGCUAAUUGGCUUAUGUCAUCCAUUACAUGCCAUGUUUCAAUUUAUUCGUACACUUAUUGGCUCCUUUCACAGUUGAGUUCCACUAAGAGUGAGCGUAAAAUUUUAAAUUUUGAAUUCAAAAUCAAAAUUGAAAAGGGAUUUAGGUUAUUUUUUUCUCAUUCUCUUCUUCUUCAGCUCCUCCUCUUCUGUUUUUCUUCUUCUUCAGAUCUCUUUAUCACCGGAUAGUUUUUCUGUCAUUUGGUGAUGUCGUGCUAAGAUCAUGGUAGUCACUGAUGUGGUGGUGGUGGAUACAGAGGAGGAAACGGUGAAAGAGAGUAAAUCGAUGGAAAGAACUGAGCGGUUGCCACAGAAAACACAUGCAGCGUGAGUAGGCAAGAGGAGAGCAUAGCAGCUGCGGCGACAAGAACAGAGCGGUUAUAUCUAUUUAUUUCCUGUCACGGUGAAAGGGACAACAGCAAUGGUAGUAGGGUUACGGCAGUCGAAGAGGUUGCGGCGACAACUAUGGUAGUCGAGGAGUCUAAGGCAACGGUGGGCUCAGUGGUCACAGUGGAGUUCGUGGUAAGAGUUGACAUGGUGAUGGUGGAUAAGGUGAAAGAUGUGAUGACGGUCGUACAUGUACAGCCAUGGUGGGCUGGAUCAAGGAUUGCAACCAGGGAGGAGGCAGAUGCCAAGGUAGGUACGGCAGCGUUUGUGGCGGCGGAAGCUGCUACAACUAUGGGGAUUUUCUGGGCAUUUUGCAACAAACUGUCCAACAAGUCCAACAAGCCCUCUGAGAAAAUAAAGCAGACAGCAGCACCAAAUCACUCUCAAGAGGCACGCUCCCACCUCGGGUGAUUUCUUCUUUUUCCUUUUUUCUUUUUCCAAUGACAGAUUGAUGAUGGUUUACGAUGAAGAGUUGUGUAUGUUCCUUACUAUUUGAUCUGAUGUAUAUAUUUGUAAUGUUGUUGUUAUUGGCGUCUUUAUCUGGUGUGGAGCCGUUGAUGCAAAAAACCCAGAACCACACUAUUAUUGCUAAGAUUCUAAUUCUAGAACCACACUAUUAUUGCCAGGAUUCUAAUUGCUCUUCGGCAAAAAAUUUUAAUCUAAUUCCCUCUCAUCUUUAAUUUUGC